AUGUCAUCCACAACCACCACCACAACCACCACCACCACCACCACCACCAUCACCGCGAACACCGGCACCGUAAUCCUCGGCGCCGGCAUCAUCGGCGUCUCAACCGCCUACUACCUCUCCCUCUCUUCAUCUUCAUCUUCAUCUUCAUCUUCAUCAUCAUCUUCAUCUCCAGAAAUCCACCUAAUCGACCCCUCCCCCACCCUCUUCUGGUCCGCCUCCGGUUUCGCCGGCGGUUUCCUCGCCCGGAACUGGUUCGCCCCCGAAGUCUCUUCUCUCGGCGCGCUCUCCUUCGCCGAGCACGCCCGUCUGGCUGUCGCCCACGACGGCCGAAGCAACUGGUCCUACGCGCCCUCGACCUCGCUGGGAUACUCGGCCGUGGCGGCUGACAAGGGCGUCAAGAAGCGUGGGGAUGAUUGGUUGCGGAGCGGGACGAGUAGGGCGGAGGCGGCUCCUGAAAAGCUGUUGCCGGUGUUAAGUGCGGAAGACCUAAAGAAGAAGACGCCGGCGUGGUUGAGGAGACGCCAGGGCGAUGAUGUGGAGGUUAUUGGCGGGGAGGGGGACGCGGCGCAGUUGGAGCCCGAGAGGUUGUGUAGGUUCUUGUUGGCGGAGGCGGAGGGAAGGGGGGUGAAGAUUUCGCAAGGGGCGGAGGCGGUGGAGGUGUUGAGGGAAGGGCCUGAGGGGGUGGUCAGUGGUGUGAGGUUGAGGGACGUCAAGACGGGGGAGGUGAGGGAGGUGAAGUGUUCGCGGAUCAUCAUCACGGCGGGGUGCUGGAGCGGACAGGUCUGGGAGAAGCUGUUUGGGGCUACGUCGAAGACGGUAAAACAGUUGCCGGUGACGAGCUUGGCGGGUCAUUCGCUGGUGGUGAAGAGCCCGAGGUGGCAAGGCGCUGUCGAUGGUGAGGGGUGUCAUGCGGUUUAUACGAGUUAUGAUGACGCCUUUUGUCCGGAGAUCUUUUCAAAGGUGGGCGGGGAGAUUUACUUUGCCGGGCUGAACUCGGCGGUAGUGCCACUGCCGAGCGUGGCGGAGGGCUCAAAGGUGCAAACGGAGUCUAUGGAGUUGGUGAAGCAGGCGGCUAGGGAGCUACUGGGGUCAGAUAUUGAUGGAGAGGAUGAUUUGGAGGUGGUUAGAGAGGGCUUGUGUUUCCGGCCGGUGACGCCGUGGGGACUGCCUAUUGUUGCGAGGGUGCCGGAUGAGCACCUCGGAGGCGGAAUUCAGACGAAGCCCGGCGCCGAGGGAGGCGUGUUCAUGGCUACCGGUCACGGGCCGUGGGGAAUUAGUAUGAGCUUGGGCACGGGCAUCGUGAUGAGCGAGUUGGUCCAGGGACGGCCGCUGAGCGCGGAUAUCAGCGCGUUGGGGUUUGAGAAGGUGGUUGAAAGGACGAACUAA